AUGUAUGCCCUGUCCCCAGAGACGAUUACCGACUGCAAAUGGUGGCUCAAGCACCUGUCCGACAUCUCACCAAUCUUCCUGAAAGCAACGACGAUGUUCAUAACAACAGACGCAUCAGACCUGGGUUGGGGUGCCACAAUCAACGGAAAGAAGCAAAAAGGGCAAUGGAAUACCAACCAAAAAUCAUGGCACUGCAACAGGAAAGAAUUAUGGACGGUAUACAUCACUCUGAAAAAGAACGAGAUGACGCUAAGAGGCCACACUUGCCUUGUACAGUCCGACAACCGAACUGUAGUGGCCUACCUUCAGAAACAAGGGGGCACCAAAUCACUGACUUUGCUAAGAAUGACGAGAGCAAUAUUUCUCCUCGCGGACCAGCUAAACAUCACAAUCAACGCGAAGUACAUCCCAGGUCGAUACAAUGCUACAGCAGACAGCCUCUCGCGACACCAAGAACUUCCAGAAUGGUCCCUGUCCAACUCUGUCACGGACAUGAUCUUCAACAAGUGGGGCACCCCGGAGAUAGACCUGUUUGCGUCAGCCCGGUCGAGAGUAGUGAAAAAGUAUGCAACAGAGGAUGCACAGGAUCGGAAGGCCCUAUUCAUAGACGCAUUCGCGAAGCAGUGGAACUGGAACCUUGCAUGGAUAUUUCCCCCACCAUGCAUGAUGCCGAGAAUAUUAUGUCACUUGAAUACAGCCAGAGGAACUUACUUGAUCGUCUGCCCCCGCUGGCACAAAGUCUACUGGAGAGCCGACCUGAAAGCACGAGCAACUGCGGCCCCAUUCACGAUCAAAGACCUACAGUCGAACUUAAUGGAUCACAGAACCCAACAACCUCCACCAGAGGUGAAGGACUUACAAUUGGAGGUCUGGAGGGUACGGGGUGGGCCUCCGAAAUAA